AUGUGGCGAUUAGGGCGGCGGCAUCAGGGCGGCACGCGACACCAGGAAGCGCUUAGUGGCGGCUUUAAAAGCGGCGCGCGGGUGGCGCGGCCAGCCACCAUGCCGGCGGACACAGCGUGCAGGGCGGCGGCGCUCGGCGCGACCGUGGCACUCCUGGCGGCGGUCGCGGCCGUCGUGUCGGGCCAGGGCGGGCCGCCCGGGGGCGGCGGGCCGCCGUCGCAGCCCGACCCCGACGACGCGCCCAGCAACAAGCGAGAUUUCUACUUUGUCAUCAAUGAAGUUAUUACGAACGCGAGCUCAAAGUUUUUCAACAUCAUUGAUAUCAACGUGGAGAAAUGGAGCAAGGAAUGCUCGUACGUGGACGGUAUGGUCGAAAUCUUGGAGGACGUGCCUGAAGACACAAUAAUCCAGAUAAACUCAGAGAACAUGCAGGGAAGCACUUGGAGUGCACUUGCGCCCACAGGUCCAAUGCCUCUCUGCAGCUACAUGGUGGAGCAGAAAGACAAGAUGGAAAUGUUGUGGAGAGCCAGCAAUCUCACUCGACAGUGUCCCAUUCUCAAGAAUGGCAUGUUCCUUAAUAAAUUUACUGUAAUGGAAACAGUAUUUCCACUAAAACUCACGGGAGAUGACUGGAGAGUAGUCAUCAUACUUGUACAUCAAGGUGAGGAAAUACUUAAUGUGAAAGUUGCUGUAUCGAAGCUUCCAAUAGAAAAAAGAGACAAAUGUGAUGAAGAACAGGAAGACGAUGAGGAAGAUGAAGAUGCUGAAUAGCAGUAGAAAAGCACAGUAGCGUAGUUACCUCCAGUAACGGACAUUUUCUGGUAAAUAAACAGCCUCUGGGGAAAGUGUGCUUCAUUAGUUCUCUAUUUCCCCCAGCUACUCCAAACAAAUAAAGCAAAGAAGUGCAUCUGCAAGAAACCUGUAACAGAUGGUAUAAAAAAAACAUCCUUUUACAUUCUGUGUUAUCAAGAAAAACGUAGUCCCUGGCUUUGUAAGAAAAGCACAUUUGCUAUGAAAACAUUAAUAUAUAUACACUGCAAUACUGAAAACUUAUAGACCUACACUAUGUUUGAAGACACAAGUAAAAAUUAACUAGUUGUUUACAGAUUCUGCCCACUUGUAUUUUAUCUUUACAAAAAAUAAAUGAGGCUGCUUGUAUGGGUUGGAA